AUUAAUGCAUCGUCGUUCUUGUCGCCUCUCGCGUUUUGGCGCGACGCGGUCACGUGCAGAAGCGCGAGCGCAAUCGAUCCGGUUUCAACUCGUCGGCUGCGCUCAUCUUUCUUCCCCUCAUCAUCUUCCACCCUCCAAGACGCUCUCGUCCGUGAUACUACUCCAACGCCACUCGCAUCCUUCAUCGACUGAACCAGAAACCCCUGGCUCAGUCGCACAUCCCUCCUAGCGCUCCUCUCAGAAAUCUUUUAUGCCAUCAGAGUCUACCGCAGUAUCUCCGCAUACUAUAGACUCAGCCGCAGCAGACGCUCUCUUUUCUUCCCAGCAUGGAGAUGACCAUCGCGACCAGCCGGUCUCUGACCAUCUCUUCGAUGAAAGGGUUGGAGACCACAGCCAGCCGAGCUGGAUCGCGCACACGUCCGUCUGGGAUUCUGCGGAACAGGACGAAGGUAUCUCCUUGCGACGGUUGAGUUCCGGCUUGUCCGUGGACCAAUCGUCGAGCGUCGACCGUGUCAGGCAGUAUGAGAAUUCUUCUAUGUCGCCGGAGAGGAAAUAUGGAGACCUCCCCUUCAAGGUGAUGCCGUCCAGUGACAGAUCGCGCGUGUCGAUCGAGGACUUCCCUAAUGAGGUUCUCACCCAUAUCCUUUCUCAUCUGCCUCCGUCGAGCCUGUCAUCAAUGGCAGUAGUAUCGCGCCGCCUCCACAAUUUAGUGACAACACCCCAUGCGUGGCGGAUGGCGUUCUCUCGAUACUUCCCGGGCCCUGAUAGCAUAGAGACGCGGCGUGCUGGGAAAAACCACCCGGAUACGUUGCGUUCGGAGAAGCGGUACUUCACUAGGCUGACUGCACUGGCUUCCUGGCGCAGUGAGUACAUCUUGCGGACGCGACUGUUGAGGUCGUUGGCCAGGGGCAAGCCUGCCAAUUUUCAACCGCCCGGUAGACAUGGGCCAGUGCGUUCAGCCAGUGUACAAAACGGUAGUGCCGUGAUCACCUAUACGUCCCAGCUUCUCUAUCCUGUCAGUCACAUUGAUGGUAACUUUGGGACUGGUCUGGAUAAGAGGCAGCCGAAGUUCAUACACGGUGCCGUGGAGCAGGGUUUUGCUUCGGCGAGUGACCCUUCCAUGGGAAAGGUCGGCAGUUGGGGCUUGUCAGAUCAUCAGAUGUUCCAACACUUUGCUGAUCUCUAUCCUGGUGACGCACAGUACGGGUUAGGACCGGGCAACAUGGUCGGAGUACCUAAUUCUAUGGAUGUCAGUCAACAAUAUGGAAUGGUCUACGGUGAAGGUUGUCCCCAGGGUCGCACCUACUUCAUCUCCUCCGAUGAGCAGAGGGGCCGAUUUCUGAGCGUUCCUGACUCUAGCUCUCAUCCUCAACUGGGAAUACCUGCACUGAACAUGAUCACCACGGCUGUUUGUUCCGUCUGGAUUGCGAAGUCCACAGCCAUAUUAAAAAUGACGAAUGGGCUUAUUGGGUUGUUGUCAGGUUCAUCGUCCGGAAUCUUGACAGCAUACUCAUUGGGCACGAAUUCUGCUCAUGAGAAGCGCUUCGAACGAGGGCAGGUCACCGCCAGAUGGGUCAUCUGUCCGGGUGUCCCCAUUAUUGCUAUUGCUGUGGAUGAAAACUAUUCAACCAAACGCCAUUCUCACCGGCGCAUUUGGGCUGUCGUCCUUAACGCGCUGGGAGAGCUGUUUUACCUCACCGAGCUUCCCGUUCAGCCGGAGUCCUCGCCCAAGCUUAGUGCCGAGCAGAUGGAAAAGCUCGCCUGGAAAACAGGUCGCAGUGUCCGAUGGGAACUAGUUGAAGCGAGCAGGCGUGUGGCACGCCCGGAUCCCUAUAAUACGCAGCUCGUGCAUGGUAGCUACAGUCCAAGAUCAUCAUCCGAUUCGAUGGGUCUGAAUGAGAAUCAAAUAGCUGCGGAGACCAAAGAGAUCGAAAAAUUCCUGGCAUUCAAGCCGAAGCACUUUCGCAAAGUAUGCCAGAGUUGGAAUAUGAGGCGCCACCUGAAAGUUGACUUCGCGGGUGACGACCUUCAUGGAGCGGGCGAGUCCAUGAUCGUUAUCGACUCUGGUCUUGAGGAAGAGCACUCGACUGCCUCUAUCCGUCGCCUGACUAGAACGAGACUUGCGGUCGCGCGUGAAGGCUCUUCCGAGCCUUACCCUAGGAUCCAGACUCCUAAAGUCCAGUCACUCUUUGGAGGCCCAAGUAGUCCUAGCGCCUCUCCUUUCCCUAGUGCUACUGAAUGUCCUUCGAGGACGUCCAGUCACGCCAGCGAGCCUGUCUCCUCAGUUGCCAACACGGAGUGGAGAAUCUCCGACUUCGUCUUCGGUGACCGCAAAUCUGUCCAGAUCACUUGCAGUGCUCUCGAUCUUUCGAACUACGCCCAGCUUACCGUUGACGAGGACCCCCUCCUGAGCAUGUCUGGUUCUUCGUCAUCGUCUCCAGCUUCAUCUCCCAUGCCGCAUAUGGACCGGCCAUCUGCAGUGUCGGAGAUCCCAGGCCAACGGGGCAGGUAUCUAGCGGUUGGGACUACAAUGGGCACAGUAUACGUUUGGGAUGUGCGCAGCCCUUCUUCUGGAAAUACAGAAAUUGUUAACUCGAUUUCUCCUGUCCGCGUGAUCAACACGGACUCGCCACAAGUCUCGUGCGUUGGCUUGACGUCUCUCUACCUUGUGCACGGUGGAAAUGACGGGUUGGUACAAGCAUGGGAUACUCUGGCUUCGUCCACGCGUCCUAUCCGGACGAUGAACUCCCGUUUCUCUUCUCGAGCUCGCCGUCGGCUUAUCCAGGCGGAGGCAUCUAUCCAGGGCGUAGGCAACAACUACUUCGCUGCUGGUGCUCUAUGUCUCGACCCUGAUCCUACCGUUUUACGAGGCGUUGUUUCGCUUGGGACUCACCUACGCUACUGGGCCUACAGUUCCUCUGCCGCAGAUCAGUAUAAAAGCAGCAAGCGGCGACUGCGGCGUUCUAUGCGCGGCAGUAACGGCGCUGUCGAGGGGCAGCGUUUCACCAGUAGCGGCCGUGGUGCACUUAGAGAUCAUAUCGUUGACGAGAAGAUGGAAAUAGAGCGGCAAAAGAUCGCUGAUGCGAAGGAGAGACGACUCCUGAGUGGCCGUUUCGGUAUUGAUUUGCUUGGCCCAGAUGCGAGCGAGGAGGAACUACUUGCCUACGCGCAAAUGCUAAGUGAAGAAGCGUAUACAAGUGAUGAGCGCAAACGCAGAGAGAGCACUGCGAGUCCUACCGUGGAUAGUACAUCAAGCUCAACUGUUGGACCUAACGACAGCUCGUUUCCACCUCGCGAGUUUUCGUCGUCAUCAUCUCCCAAUCUGGACACGGUCGAGGAGGAGCUGGAUCCGGAUAUCGCUGAAGCCCUGCGUCUGAGUUUGCUUGAAAAUAACCCCGGUCCUGUCGAUACGACAGUUUUCGACUCUAUCCCCGUCAAAUACGUGACAGGCUCAAAGGACGAGGGAUAUCCGCCUUCGUCACCGGAACGCGCAGCGGCUGGAAGCAGUAGACAGGAGGAAAUGGAUGAUCUCGAAUUCGCCUUGCAAUUGAGUUUGGCGGAGGAGGAGAGCCGUAGAGAGGCUACAGCGUCUGGACAGGACGAAUUUCCUGCACUGAAUACGCUGUCAUCUUCAUCAAGGGACAAGGGGAAGGGCAGGGCAUAGUAAAUAGCAGGGUGGUUCGAUUUACAAUGAGGGGUGAUUUCUUUUGAUUUUUUUCAUCUGAAGGCAUUGUUAUGCUCAGUCACAGUUGCGAUGCCAAGCAUGCUUUAUCAUUUUCAACUGGUUUGCGAGAUAUAUUUGAGUUAAUUCCCUUCAGCUGUGUAUACUUUUCCAGUAGAAUAGGCCGGGGUUAUAGGGAUGGACCCAGCUUAACGGUGUAUCAAUUUCUCUUUCGAACUUAUCCUACUCUGCCCAUUCCCUAGAGCAGAAACCAUGAAGUCAAUAUAAACAUA